AUGAAUAAGGCUCUUUUAGCAAAGAUUGGUUGGAGGAUGCACACUCAUGAUAAAGGGUUAUGGGCUCAAAUUUAUGAAAAGAAGUACCUAAAGGACUGCUCUAUCUUGGAUACUUCUAGGGUCUCCAAGAAAGAUUGUUUCUGCUACUUGGAGAAGUGUUUGUCUAUGGUGUUGAGCUGCUGA